AUGACAGGAUUAAUGUAUCACCGCCCUAUUGAUCAUUUAAACUAUUUACAACAAUGUAUUGAGAAAAUCAAAAUGCAUGGUGUAGAAGGUGUACGAUGGGAUUUGUUUUUACAGCCCAAAUCUGUAGAACGAUCUAAUUUACAUUUGAAUGCAGAAAUUGAUGAUAAUUCACAAUAUGAUCCACAACCUGGGAUCAGUUCAACUAAACUCGAUAUUAAGCCUAGUGCUGUGAUCAUAUGUAUUGUCUCUGGUCCAGGUGUAGAUAAAUCAAUGUUUUCAUCAGGAAUUAUUCCACAUUAUCCUAACUUUAUUUAUGUGAAUAUGGCAACAAUAUUAAAAAAACGAGCAAAAAUUGAAGCAGAAAAGAAAACACCCCGUUGGCCAGAAGCUGUGAAAAUGAUUAACAGUGGAGAAUUUUUACCAUCUGAUAUGGUUUUAGAAUCAUUUUUAUGGAAGUUGAAUCAGCAUGCUAGUGCAGAUGGCUUUAUAGUUGAUGGUUAUCCAAGAACUGAGAGACAGUAUUCAGAUCUUAAAAAGCAUGUUAAUAUGGAGAGAUUAGGUUGUGUGAUUCUACUCGAUGUUAGUGAAGAAUUUUGUAGACAACGUUUAAGUGAAAAAGAAUCUCAAGCUGAUGAAUAUUUCAAAAACAAUGAACCAGGGUCAGUUGAACGUCGUCUUUGUUUAUUUAAAACUCAAACGCUGCCAACAUGUAAACUUAUUGAUAAUGAUGAAAAACUCAGAGUUGUUGAUGGUGAAAAUAAACCAGAUGUAAUUGCAAAAGAUAUUUUGAAAGUUUGUGAAUAUAUACUUUCUGGAAAUAUGAUUGGACCAGAAACACGUCCAUCUCCAGGUACUGUACCUAACAAACCAAUUCCUACUGCAAGUCAUGGUAUGAUGGGAUGUGAAGAUAGAAUGCGUGCAUUCAAUAUUCCACGAAUUACACCGACGUUUCCUGACAAUGGUCGUUCCAGUGAUCUUUAUAGUUGCCCUAUAAUACUCUUAUUUGGUGGUCCAGCUUCUGGACGUACUGAACAAGCUGGAGCAUUAUGCAAAAAGUUGCCUGGUUUAAAACACUUUAAUGUAACUGAUUAUUUAAGAAAACGUGUAUUAGAUUUAAUUGAUGAAGAUAGUGAUAAAGACUGGGAUGUAAUUGCACGUCGAGUACAUUCCAGUGAUCCACCAACUGACAAGGAUCGGAUCAUUCCAGAGUAUUGGGAUGUACAAGUUGAUAUAAUUCGUCAAGAGUUUAGUAAUAUUGCAAUCAAUAGUAGAGCUGUUAUUGUUGAAGGAUUUCCAUGUCAUGAAGGCCAGUUAAAUACUUUUAAUCAACACAUUGGUGGUGUUGACUUAGCAAUACUGUUGGAUUGUGAAGAAUCUAGUCUAAAUGAACGAUUACGUCAAAGGUAUGCACGUUUAAAUCGUGUUGAAGAUCAAGAAUCAGUAGCAGGACAACGUAUACUAUUCUUCAAGUACUGUACAUUACCUGUUGUAAGACAUUAUGAUGAACGAAGUAAAUUAGUCACAAUUCCUGGUGAUCGAGAACAACAUCUUGUCCUAAAUGAUUUGGUUGCAGUUGUUGAAUACUUUCUACGCAAAAAAGAGACAGCUGAUGGGAAUACGAAUAAUUCAGCAUUUGUCUCAGAAGAAGUUAUUCCAUAUAUGUCUCAAAUGAUAAAAGAUGGAGAUACUCAUACAGUACAUCAAAAUAAUAUAAUAGAUGAUGAUAAAUCACUUGAAACGAGUUAUGAUGAAAGUUUAGAUAAAGAGCAAGAGAAUUCAGCAUCACAGUUAUCUACAAUACUCGAAUUUCCCAAUACUGAACCGACUUCAACCGAAGUAAAGUUAGAUAACAAAACAGUCAAUGAUACAGAUGAUGCUGAAUCAUGGAACGAUAUUUUAAACAAAUGCAAAUUUAUCUUCAUUCUUGGAUGCUCUGAAAAUAUUCGAAAAGAAUAUUGUAACCGUUUAGUAAAACAAUUUGAUUCUAUUCAUAUUGCAAAGGACAGUGCUAUGGAUAAGGCUGAAAAUAAUGACAAUAUCUUGAAGAAAUUACUUCAGCUUAUCAAAGAAAACUUUUCUAAAGAUAAUGGUUCUAAAGAUUAUAUUAUAAGUGGUAUACCAAGUAGUUUAAAGCAAGCUAAAGAAAUUGAAGCAUUCAACGAUUCAUUAAAGUUUUCCAAUUGUAAAAUGGUUAUUCUCUUAGAAAAGAAAUUAUCAGAUGUAACAGAAAAUAUAACCACUGUUGAUGAGACAAAUAUUGAGUCAGAAUUAAUGAGUUUCCUUGAAACAACUGGAAAACUACAUCGUAUAAACUACUCAGAAGUUGAAGAUGAAAUAGACAAUCAACUCCGUAGAUUACUUACGUAACAAAUGAAACCAUGGACUCAUUCUCUCCUUCUGUUUAUGCAUAUAUAUAUUUACAUGUAUAAUCAUCUCCAGUUCUAUACAAAUAUAUGUUAACGACUGAGUCGUGAUAAUCUUUCUCUCCUGUUCUUUCUACUGUCAUCCAGAAUACAUUCAAUUGUUUGGAAGUUUUUUCUCCAAAAAAAGAGAAAACGGCU